AUGACUAUCACAGCUGGGAAGUGUUCCAAGCACAUUAAAAAAUUUUUCACCAAUGGGUUGAAGAAAAACGUCCUCCCGUAUUUCCUGCACUGCAAAAAUAAACCCUUCCUCAUGAACUCCAAAUAUGUGCAGAAGUACUCUCUCGAGUUCGUCCCCAAAAGUGUUAUUAACAGAUACAUCCAAGACAAACGGAGGAUCAAAAAAGAGGAGUGA